GAAAGGCGGGGCUGUGGGGACCAAGAGAGAGGAGAAAGGGAGAUGAGAGGGUGAGAGGGGACAGCUUCCAGGGAGCUGCUCCAGGGACCACACAGGGAAAGGCCUUGCUACAACAACAAACCUGAUAUUCUUCAAGCACCAGGACUGAGGUGGAACCAUGAAGUGCCUGCUCAUCUCCCUGGCCCUGUGGCUAGGCAUGGUGGGCAUCCACGGGACAGAGCCGGAGCUCAGCGAGACACAGCGCAGGGGCCUGCAGGUGGCCCUGGAGGAGUUCCACAAACACCCACCUGUGCAGUGGACCUUCCAGGAGACCAGUGUGGACAGCGCUGAGGAAACGAUCUUUUCGGCGGGCACCUUUGUGAGGUUGGAAUUUAAGCUCCAGCAGACCAGCUGCCUCAAGAAGGACUGGAAAAAACCCGAGUGCAAAAUCAAACCAAAUGGGAGAAAGCGGAAAUGUCUGGCCUGCAUCAAACUGGACACCACGGGUAAAGUUCUGGGCCGCAUGGUCCACUGUCCAACAAUGAGGCAAGGGCCUCAGGAAUCUCAGGAGUCCCAGUGCAGUAAGGUAGCGCAGAGUGGCGAGGACCCCCGCGGCAACCACUUCUUCCCUGGACAGUUUGCCUUCUCCAGGGCCCUGAAACCCAAAUAAGCCCCGGACAGAGCUCCACCUUCCUGAGCUGCCGUGGCAAAACCCAGUGAAGGACACCAGCUCCCAAAGAUUUCAUACUCCAAGCUAAUAAAAUUGCUGGUCUGUUCCGUCCCAA